GGCACUAAAGUGCUUGAAGUUGUCCAUAUCAGCAUUUUGGCUCAGACUUGAGACCAGUCUCUAUACAAUAAGUUUGCUAGAGAAUGGAUUCCUACAGAGCAGUCAUCUCGUUUAUUAUUUUAAUCUCCUUUCAUGUGGGACAAACACUACGCUGCGCAUAUAAAGGAGAUGUAAGAACUUGCACAUGCAUUCAUGAAAUGCAAGCCACCUUCAGAACAGCCGAAAAGAUCUGCAUGGAAAAUGGAGGUAAAUUACUAACCCCAUCAAGUAAAAGUAUCGACAGCUUACUUUUCAACAAAGAUGGACAUUUCUGGAUUGGAACAGAAGGUAAUUGUUUAAGCAGAAGCAGAAAUUCUCGAGGUGAUUCUGUGACUCUGAACAGAGGAAGCAAAGAUGCAGCGUGUUCCUCAAAGUGCAUGCUGGUUUCUAGUAACAGGAAUUUAACUGAGCGCUCAUGCGAGGAACAAGCUGAUGGCUUUAUGUGUGACAGCGUUCAGUGGGAAAACUGCUGGGAGAAUACACCAUCCGAAGUGCAAAUUCUGAAUAACAAAGACUGUCUACUCGGUCCCUGUGAACACCAGUGUAAAAAGGUUCCAGGAGGCCACAUGUGUUCCUGUAAUCCAAAUUUCAGGCCAAAGAGGAAAUUUCCUGAACGUUGUGAGUACUACUGCAACUCUGACAUCUGCCCACUGCUAAGCAACAUGUACGACUGUCCUGAAGGCUUCAUCAAAGACGAGACACGUUGCACAGAUUUAGAUGAGUGCAUGUCUAAUCACAACAACUGUGAACAAAAAUGCAUGAACACAUUUGGAAGUUACAAAUGUUCUUGUGAUGAAGGAUUCAAGCUGGUAAACAAAUCAAAAUGUGUUCGUCUUAUGAGUAAUACUCCAAUAACUGGCACGUUUGUUACACCUUCUGUAAAUUACACAAGAAAUCAUGCAGCUUUUGCGACUCCAGUGGAGUAUAUAGGUCUUAUACUGUUUAUCCUUCUGGCCAUAUCUGCUGUGGUAGGACUUCUGUAUUAUUUGCGAAAAAACAAAUCUGAUUUACUUCUAAAAGAAAAUAAAGCUCCAGACGACAUCACGGUUCAAGAAGCACAGUUACAGCUGUAAAACUUCUUGGCUUCAUGAACUGUAAUUUCUUUUUAGGUGACUAUGUUAAUAUUACUCAAUUUAAGUUACAUUUGAACGCAUGUUCAUCAUGUAAUUUGUAUCUUACAUUUAUGAACUCAUAUCAAUGUAAACAUUUACUGCUAAAAAUUAAAAUCAAAUUAAACCUGUUUAUACAUAAA